AUGCGCGAUAAGGAAAGUGUGGAACAAGAGGGAAAGAUGGAGGAGAGAGAUGUAGGGGAGCAGACGGAGAAAGUUGGGAAAUGUGAUGGUGAGGAGAAAGAAGCUAGGCCAAGAAAGGCACGUGAUGUGAGGAGGGCAAAGGCGAUGGCAAAGAGGCAGGCCAGGGCGCAGGCAAAGGGUGCGGAGAGGGGUGGUGGAGAGGGUGCAGAGGACGACAAGGAGAAGGCGGCAGUGACGGUGUUUGAGCGGCAGGCGGUGGCGGGCGAUGGCACGUACAGCAUUGUGCGCUGCUCGCCCCGCACCGGCCGCACCCACCAGAUCCGAGUGCAUCUGCAGCAUGUGGGCCACCCCGUGGGCAACGAUGACCUCUACCUGCCACCGCCACCCCAUGCGCCCUCUGCCCUGCAGCCCCUCUCCUUAACACGCCUCACCUCCUCCUCUUCGCCGUCUACUGCCUUGAGCUCUCUGCCGGACAAGCUUGUAACCACUCCUGCCUCACAUGCUGCUGCUGCUCAUUGCAACGAUGAUGAUAAUCGCAGAAGCAGUGAUGGUGCCUCAGGUGCUGAGGUGAAAGGGAGCGGCAGAGGCAUGCAUAGAGCAGACGGCAGGGAUGUGCUGCAGGAAGCACGUGGCGUGGAGGGCCGUGUGAGUGAGAGAGAGGGAAGACUGUUGGGGGUGCAUGAUGGCAGUAAAGGGGGCAAUUGCAGUGCAUCUGAUGACUUGGGUACUGUGAGGAUGUGUGGGGAAGGGGAGAGAGCAUGCAAGGCAGCGCGAGUGCAGCAGAGCGAGUGCGAUGGAGCUGCACCAUCCCCUGGACGCCUGAACACGCACUUGGGGGGAGAGGAAGGGGGCGAGGCAAAGGAGCAGGAGAGAGGGAAUGGUUUAGCCGCACAAGGUGCACCUUCCUGUGGAGACGAGCAUGGCGCAGCAGGUGCCACUGGGGGGGGGUCACACAUUGUGAGGGGCGUUACCAAGGAGGAGGGCAUUGGGGCGAAUGCAAUCGAGACGGUGUUGAAUGAGGGGGUUACAGAGGGAGGAGUGAAGGAAGCGGAGGGCAAGGGAGAGGCAGUGAAGGUGGUGGUGGAGACGGCAGAGGGCAGUGCGGCAGCAGCAGCACAUCCAUCACCUGUCGCACUCCCUUCUAUCCCUCAGCAUCUCACCGACCCUCUCUGUCCACACUGCCCCCUCAUCCCUGCAGAGGGCGUGCAAGUGGAGCAACACCUGUGGCUGCACUGCUGCCGUUACUCGGGUCCUGACUGUAUGGAAAAGGGGGAGGGAGACGGAGGGAAGGGGAGAGAAGGGGAGAGAAGGGGAGAGAAGGUGGGGAAUGGGGAGGGGAUGGAGGAAGCUGGGGGAGAGGAUGAGGGUGGCAGCCAGGCGCAGCAGCCUAUACUGGUGGGUCGCAGCACGCACGGGCACGUGGUAGUGGCGUGCAGAGGAACAGCGGAUGCGUGGGAUAUCCUGCAGGAUCUCAAGAUCUUCCCCCGAGGCAUUCGUGGGGUCGGGUGUGGCACGGCGCACAUGGGAUUCGUGGAGCGGGCUGAGAGCGUCUGCGUGGAGCCGUUGCUUCGACUGCUGGCCGACGGGCAUCGCCUCGUCUUCACGGGUCACUCUUUGGGCGGCGCCGUCUCCGCGUUGCUGGCUCUGCGCCUGCUGGAAGCAGCGGAGUCGCGCGGUCUCUGCACGCACAAAGGCCAGGUGCAGUGCGUCACGUUCGGCGCGCCGCUGUUCGCGAGCCCCAGCCUGGCGGAGCUGAUCAACGACAAGUACCGCGACGUGUACAGCCACGUCGUCUCCAAGAACGACGUCGUGCCCCGACUCGUUCCGCUCGUCGCGCUCCUUCAGCGCGUCGCGGGUGGUGGGGGCGCCACCGAGCCCAUGGAGGCGUUGCGCCUCGCCCGAUUCGCGCUGGGUCUGCUCCAGCGGGCCACCAAGAUCCCCUUCGCGUCCGCCUUGCAGGCCGCAGAGUCGUUGCUGCCGGGCCCCCUCAGGCUUGUGCUGUCGGGGGCGUGUCAAUUGCUGUGGCCAGCGCGCACGCCGCAGCAGUACGCGUUCGCGGGCAACUUCCUGCUGCUGGACCCCAUGGCGGAGGCCACGGAGGGCGCCGUGCACCUGGCGCAGGCGGAGGACCUCAGCAGCUGCGUGCGCGAGGCGAGCUUUGCGCUGGAGAUCCACUUCGACGUCUUCAACCACCACCUGCUCUCCACCUACCAGACCGGCGUCACCAAAGGAAUUCGAUCGCGAAUGCUCGCGCACCUCGCGGCGGGCAACGCGGCGGUUCCUGUACCGUCCGCUCCGGCUGCUUGCCAGGGAACGGUGGCGUCGGCAGCGACAUCAUCAGCGACGGUGGGGCAGGCGGUGCUGUCGAGUCUGGAAGGGUUCGAGCAGGUCAAGAGCAAGGGGUUGAAUCGGCUGCGGCGGACCCGAUCGGAUCUGGUGUCACUGGAGGGGCGCGUCGCUCCGUUCCUGCCCAUCAUGGAGUGCCACCGUGCCGCCGACGCUGCCGCCAACUCGUCGUCCGUCGCCCGGGAAGCAGACACGCCUGGCACUAGUCAGCGCGCCACGCCGCCUCUGCAGCUGUGUGCGCGCAGCAUGAGCUUCUCGCGCGCUGCCGGGCUUUCAAGAUGCGCGGAUGCGCGUUCCAGCGUGAAUGGGAAAGACGGCGUGGACGAAAAAGAAGUGGCCGCCGCUGCGCGCUGGUGCUCGGUAUGCAGAGCAGCGACUUCCGGUGACGCCGCGGGCAGCAAGGCCGUGGUAGCCGCCUCAACAUUACAGGCGGGCGCGAAGAAGCGGCGAUGGCGGUUUGGGUGGUUCCUGUCGACGGUGUUCCGCGUGUCGCAGCGCCUGCGGUCGCUCUCCACCUUGUCGCUCCUCCUCGGCGCCGCCAGGGUCGCCCUGGGCUGCCCGCUCUUCUGA